AUGAGUGAUCCAAUAAAUGCAAACCCAACAAUAAUAGAUAUAAAUAAUUUACCAACAAGAUUACUAGAUCUCAACACAUCACAAGAAGAAAAUUUAUAUGAAAAAAACAAAAAAUUAAUAUCACAAGUAACGUCAUUAUCUUUAUAUCCACAACAAGAUGAAUAUAUAUCAUCAUUAGAAGAAUCGCUUUCUGAAUUAUCAUCAGUAGAUACACAAGAACCAAUAGAAGAAAUAGAUGAACAAGAAAUAUUUGAUUUAAUUUCAACUAUAUCAGAUCCUGAACAUCCUUUAACAUUAGCUCAAUUAGCAGUUGUAAAUUUAAAUGAUAUAAAUAUAAAAAGAAAACCACAUAAUGAAAUAUCUGAAAUUAUUAUAAAAAUAACUCCAACUAUAACUCAUUGUUCAUUAGCUACUUUAAUUGGAUUAGGAAUAAGAGUAAGAUUAGAUAGAAGUUUACCUUCAAGAUUUAGGAUUAAAAUAUUUAUAAAGGAAGGAACUCAUCAAUCUGAGAAUCAAGUGAAUAAACAAUUAAAUGAUAAAGAACGUGUUGCUGCUGCUUGUGAAAAUGAUCAAUUGUUAAGUGUUAUACUGCAAAUGUUAAGCACUUGUAAAUAG